AAAUUAAGGCAACGUAACCAGUGUCGGGCUCCAAGCGUGCGUGCGCGCAUCGACCGCGUGGUGUUUUAUUUAUUUAUAAUUAAUAAUGGCCAGCAGAGCUAUUCUGUUGUGCCUCGUAUUAUGUCUUACUGCAACUAUAUUAGAAAGCAGAAGAUGGGGAGGAGGAUCUUCUAGAGGAAGUAGUGGGGGAUGGGGGAAAGGAUGGGGAAGCAGUUCAAGCAGUUCAGGAAGCAGAUGGGGAAGUUCCAGCAGUUCCGGAAGCAAAUGGGGGUCAGGGAGUUCUAGCAGCAGUUGGGGGUCUGGCAGUUCCAGCCACAGUUGGGGAUCCAGCUCCAGUUCAAAUAUCAAACCCUCAACUAGCUGGGGCACAAGUUCAAGCAACAGUAAACCGUCAUGGUCCAGUUCAGGAUCAAGUAAACCCAGUUACCCGUCCUCAGGUGGUUUAUCCGGAAGUGGAUCAAGUAAACCGACUUACCCGUCUUCGGGUGGUUUAUCUGGAAGCGGAGGGAGUAAACCAAGUUACCCGUCAUCGGGUGGUUUAUCUGGAAGUGGAUCGAGUAAACCAACUUACCCGUCAUCGGGUGGUUUGUCUGGAAGUGGAUCGAGUAAACCGACUUAUCCGUCAUCGGGUGGUUUAUCUGGAAGUGGAUCGAGUAAACCAACUUAUCCGUCAUCGGGUGGUUUGUCUGGAAGUGGAUCGAGUAAACCAAGUUAUCCGUCAUCAGGUGGUUUAUCUGGAGGCGGAUCAAAUAAACCGACUUAUCCGUCAUCGGGUGGUCUGUCCGGAGGUGGUUCGAGUAGACCGAUUUAUCCGUCUUCAGGUGGUUUGUCUGGCUCAGGAUCAAAUCGACCUUCACAUCCGUCAUCAUCAGGUAGUCACUCAUAUCCAACAUCUACGGGGCAUUUAUCUGGAACAGGGUCCGGACGACCGGGCUACACGCCACCCAGCAAUAACUACAGACCACACGACGGACAAUAUCAUUCCAGCAACUCGUACAAUACCAACCACGGAUACGGUCACGGAGGGAGCUACGGACAUGGGUAUACUCACACUUACUACACUUCGCCACAGUACGUAUACGUUCACGAAUACAGAAACUCCGACAGUCGAUUUGGUGACCUUUUGACGGGUCUGGCUCUAUACAAUUUAGGUCGUUCCCAUAGUCACUAUCACGACCACUAUUACUACGACGACUACUACAGGAGAAGAUACGAUUCCCCUUCCAGUAGUUACUCACCCAGCGUUAGACCGACUAAUCCAGCCACAUGCACGCUUAAAGUAAAAGAAAAUGGAAGAGAAGAAUCGUUGAAAAUACCGUGCGAAAUUGUCUCAACAUUUACUGAAGGAAGUACUGUUGAGAAGACUACAAAUAUGGUGAAUACUACAGUAUGCGAGACAGUCACCACAAUUGUCAACAAUACAUCCGCGGCAUCUGUUAAAAACUCUUCGGUUGUUCUUUCGAAUACUACUCAGAUACUUCCAAACGGAACACUAGUGAACGUGACGUUUAGCAAUAACGCUUCAUUGGGCUCCACUAGACCUAGCAUUCUUGCUAAUACCUCUAGCCAAGUUAACCUGUCAACAACUGCUCCGGGUACAACGAUGCUACCAAAUGGUACCUUGGUAACGUUACCGGUAAAUUCAUCAAUCUCGCCAAACACAUAUCCUGUACCUACUUCAAUAUUAUACUACCCCAAUGGCACAUUAAUAACCAAUGAAUCUGAAACUGCAGUCAGUUCUUCGACUUAUCCUCCAACAGCUUUAGGUGUUUUGCCCAUUGGAAGUUCCAUAGAGAAUGCAUCAGCAACUUCUGCACCUGUAAAUGUUUCUACUGUCAAUGGAACAGAAAGUACAAAAACACCAUUGUCAUCAAAUUCAGGUCCAAUUACGCAAUCAUCAAAUGUGACUACGACAAACGUGACCAAAUGUACCACAACAUCCGCCGUAGAUCCUUUAACAGUGAAAGGGCCACCUAUAAGAUCAUCAAAUAUGGAAUGCAUGGUGGAAAUCAAUACUGGCUCGUCGACCAUGCGCAAUCCUGUGGACUGCAAGGUUUUGAUGGAAUAUUCCAAGAUGCCAGAUCCUAAGAAAGACGUGGGAAUACUACCAGCGCGGAGUACACUGAAGCAGUGGAUAGAGAAACCACCAUGGUGGCUCUCAGUGUUUAUCGGUGUAUAAUGGAUUAUUAACUAUUGAUACCAUUAAGCAUUUUACGUAAUUAGACACAAAAGAUUGUAUCGCGUCAUGAGUAAAGUGUUUUUGAUAUUAUGAAAGUAAUCAGUGUGAGUGUUAAUGUUUUAAUAAAAUCCUGAUAUUUUAUUUUUGUAUGUAGAAUGAGAGAUACUUAGUACUUAAAAUCUAAUUGCUAUAAUCAGAUUUGCAUUUAUGAUAUGCUGGUUUGUUAUGUUUUCGAAGGAGAUUAUGCAACCUUCAUAGAUUUUUGGGACUUUUUCAACGAGCCAGCCAAAAAAAUCUGUUGUAUGUCGUUAGAGUUAUCUUCAUCAUUUUUUAUUAUGGCAUAUGAGCUGUUAGUUGUUCCCUGUUUAUUAAUAAAUUCCCAAUUUUCUACUUACCUGUUUUUAACCAUUUGUGGCCAUUUGUGGUGUGAGUCCAAUAGUGGCGGGACAAUUAGACCAUUUACACCCAUAACUGGGUCUUAGGAGUUAUAUAAUUUAUGAAUGAAUUGAAAGAAAUGAUUAUAAAUUACUUUCAAGGCGGGCUGAUAGAAUAGAACUUAAAAUAAGAAAAUAUAAAAUAAAUUUGUAUUGCAUUUUAUUAAAUAAAUGAAUAAUUCAUA